AUAUUUCUGCAAUCAAGGAAUAUUUAAAUUAGAUCCUCACUUGACUGAGUUUAUAUAUUGUAAAGCUAUAAAAUCAAUCCAGCUAUGAUCGAUCCAAGUUCAAGUGAAGAGGAAGGCGAUGAUGAGCCCGUGAUCGUAGCGCUCCCGAAAGGCCGUCCUGUUAUGAUAACAUCUUCUACUUCAACUUCCAAAUCAAAUCUUGCAACGACAAAUGCAGACUCGAACGUCUCUAGCUUUAAACUCAAUGGGGAGCACUUUCAAACAUCUUCACAUAAGUCAAUUGGGGCGUCUGCUAAUGGCUUUGAAAGUGGCAGUGCCAGUGUAGCGAUUAGCGGAAACGGCAAGUUAGAGCACAGUACCCACACGAUAGUUGGUAGUGACGCAUCCGGAAAUUUAGAAGUACCAAGCAGUGCCAUACCAAGAAGUACACCACACAACAACUCAUUCCAACUCUGAUUUUGAAAUCCUGUUCGAAUUGGUGAUCGAUAAUUUUGUCACUAUAAUGGUCAAUGGAAAUUUGCGUGUAU